AUGGCUUCAACUCGGGAGGAACGCAUGCAACAGCGGCUUCGCGGGGCCCAGAGGCGGGAAGUCAAAGAAGUAGACUUUGAACUCGCAUUCCCAAUUGCUCAACCUCUAGAAGGCCCAGUCGUGUCAUCCCAGAGAUCCCCCCAACCCGAAUUACCCCGCGCAUCAGUUACACCUGUCACAAGAAACCGUGGACAUUCAAAUGAGGAGCAAGAUUUAGGUGUAGCAGCUCAACCACAAUUAAUAAAGAGCGGAAAUAUCGAUGCAAACAUCUCUGCAAAACGGAGGAAGCUGGACACUGAUCAGGCACCACCAUCUGCAAGGAGCACAAGAUCAACCCGCGCUGCCCCCCAACUCGACAUUUACUCUCUACCUGAAGAUGGGCCAAGACCCGCUUCAAAAGAUGAUGCUUCGAAGGGCUUACCUGCUGAGGAGGCUAUUCAAUUUGCGCUGCUCCGCGAGUAUGAACCGGAACCAACUCAAAUCGUAUCAGCAGCUCGUUCCAAGACACCACUGUCGCCUCCGCCAUUAACCGCGAUGUCAGAGGAGAUCACUGAAAGUCCAACCGGCACGCCCGGAAACGGUCUUGAUACUAGGGCCAUAGGUAGUGUACGUGCUAUAGGCCGACAAGUAGAGGGAAUGCAGAAUCUAAGCCCCAUAAGGCGAGAUUUAGCAACACCAAUCCCUCGAACAAAGCGGAAGAGAGGACAGGCUACACCAACUCCGAUCGGCUCCAGGGCGUCACAGGAUCAACGUAACCAGUCAGCUCAGACAACUCCUAGCGACGAUGAAGUUGAUGAGCUAUCGCCGAGUCAAGCCGUUCCACCCUCUCGAAAACGAAACUCUGUGGUUGAGGAUAACUCUUCUGCUAUUCAAGAAAAUGAAACCCGCAGUCCAGAAGCGGGAGAAGAAGUAGCCGAAGCCAUUGGCGACUUGGAUGCUGCUGCUAUUUUGGAGAAAAAUAGAGGUCGAAAAAUAGCUCGAAAUAUCCCGGCAAUCGAAUCUCCCGCCUCAGACGAAGUAGAAGCAGUCUCGAAAACACCGUCCCAAGUACGCCGACGAAGACAACAAAAUUUCUCUAGUCCUUCCAAACAGCGACAUCCGAAAAUCCCAUCGAAAACAAAAUCACAGAAACCCACGCAGCCGGCCAAGACGGCCAGACUUCGCGGUGGAAGCCCUAUUCCUGUAACCGUACAUCGUUUAACAGAGCAACCACUUUGGGAAGAAGAUGAAUCCGAUGCUGAUGUACUUAAUUCCGGAAUACCAUAUGCAAAGCGACCAGGCGUGAAUACGGUGGACGUUCUCAGUCAAGUGUGCCAAGAGAUCAUCGGCACUAGACUCGAAACCCUCGAAGAUGGUGUCCGCCAUGCAGAUGAUUCCACUCUAAGACGGGAAUACAAAACCAAGUGGAACGCUAUUAAAUCGUUUGGGGAAGAACUACAGUCACGUUUGCUUGCCCAUACCAUCAACCUCGAUAACGCCUACUCGUUCGAGAAGCGUGUGCGAGAAGAGCAUAAAAGGAAGCAAGCUCUUCGUGACGAGAUCCUUCGUAUUCGGGCCGAGCGUCAACAAGUAGCCGUUCGCAUGGAUGAGAUCCGCAUUAACCAUGAAGAUGAGGCCAAAAGGGCUCAAGAACGUGAUUCCCUCAACACUAUGGCCCAUGACAUCGAACUAGCUAUUGAUUCUGGGCGGAGUCAGGCUCCUAAAUCUGAGUAUAUUGGCGAUAGAAUGACCGGGAUAGAGGUCUUGCUUAAACGAGUAGCUACCCAAAUAAGCAAUAAAGGGGAUUCUGGAGGGAUUUUGAAACAGAUCAAGGAGUUUAAUGGAUUUCUCACACGAGCCGCUUUGGCACUGGAGUCGAGAAAGGUUUAA